GGGGAGGGGAGGGCCAGGCUAUGGCCAGCAAUACAGUGCAGUACAGGAGAGUCCUUGACAUGACGUGUGCGGUAGGGAAUGAAUGCCUGCAAUGAAUGGCCUGGCCUUCUACGAGACGGCUACGCAAGUGGAGGUCAGGCGUCCUCUGUUCACACGAAAGCACGACGGUCGAUUGUGCUGACUCUGCGUGGCACGGGAUGGGCCAGCAACUAGUCCAGUAGAUCGCCACGCCAUUGACGGCGAUGCCUUGCCUUCUCUUUCCUGCUGUCCUCAUCGUAGGCCGCAAUCAUUGCUCGCGCAUAGUGCGCUGUCGUCCAUAGUAACUGUGGAUCUUCACUGAAGCGUCUUGCAGUGGUACUCAUUCGCGCGACGAUAGCGCGCCGAUAGCGCGACGACAGCGCGACGAUAGCGCGACGAUAGUGCGCGUGUCGCGUUUCGGUCUCGGCAGCGAGCGUUUAGCCCAUUCUCUUGAAGGGGUGGCUCUGCAGCUCGCCUGUGCGACAGUCGCGCCGUCGGCGUCGCUGGCGCGAGUGGGCUCGCGACGAGCUUGCGACGAGUUCGCACAGCCCGGGAGAUAAUUCCCGGAUCGUCAGCAUCAGGAAGCAAGAAUUGGAACAUCGGCGCUAGCACAGUAGGAGUGGAGUAGGGUGUGCCUUCGAGGCGCCUCUUGCUAGCAACGUCACAUCACGGCUGUAGGAUCAGUGACAGCCUGUGUGCAACUAGCAGCCGGGCUCAUCGCGCUGUGGGUGCUAGCACCCAAUAAGGGCGCUGUGUGCGCUAACACCCUCCAUGCCCCGUAGAGUUCGCCAGUGGACGUCCGCAGAUGCAAGUAGUACGGGCGUCGAGGGGCAGCGGUAGACCAUUCUUGUCAUCAGGCUUGGAGAACUUCUAGGCGAGAAACCCGCGAAUUUACGAGAGCCGCCAAUUUCUAGCAUCCUCCUGCAGAGCAAGGCGAUGAGAGACCCUCACCCGCCAGCUACUAUUUUUCAGGCGCCUCAAAAAUAGAGUCGUACGAGAGCCGUUUCUAGCGCCCUCCUUCCAAUCAAGGCGAUGAGAGACCCGAACCCGCCAGCUUCACCCUAGUCCCGAUCGGCGAUCCAGUUCAGGAAACGCUGUUGAUCCGACGGCCACGCGGGGCUUACGACGCGAAGGGGCUGGGCUCGCUCGUAGAUCAGAAACGUGACUAUGCUCAUCUCCUUGGUAGAUCUCAGACGUCAAUUCGUCCAGCGCCGCCAACUCGGCGGAAUCGGAUUCUAGUACCACCUGGUCGAUCGUAACCAAUUUCCAGUUCGGCAAUUUCCGGUUCGGCAAUUUACGGUUCGGCAAUUUCCGGUUCGGCGAUUUCCAGUUCGGCCCAAACUGGGUUUCAUCUUUCCCCAUGAGUUCCCAACGGCUCUUUCUCACCUGCUUCAGCCAAUCCCCGCAAGCCACGCUCGCUGAUACGCCCCCGGAUUCGCCGACGGCCGCCAUCGUCGCCGAGCGACCGCCAUGCGACGACUCGAACGCGUCGCCUACGGAUGUGCGACAGCGGGACGCGACAAACACCAUUGAGGCUCAAAUGCACAGCGAACCCCCCGUCGCAGAGGGGGUAGCUAGUAGUAGCAGUGCGAGUACUAAUAUGGACGAGCCGUUAGCUUUUAGAGAGUAUGACGUGGAUUGGGUAACCACCGCCACGUGUCAGUUCUCCAAGCAGUCUGUCGUAAGCCAAGGAUGGGACUCCACAGUUUUUUUAAUACCUGGGCAAAGCGCCGCAGGCGCCGGAUGGGGUUCGGCAGGAGGGUCGGCAGGAGGCCCGGCACGAGGCUCGGUGGGAGGGACAAGCGGCAUGAGGGUGAAGAGAUUUGGCGCGCAAGGCUGCUCGUUGUCGAAGGAAGCCGAAGCUGCCUUUCAGGAACACGCGAGUGCCCUCUCCCGCCUCUCCCACCCCUCCCUCCUCCCCCUCGUUGGCUACUCCCCCUCCCCCAUGCCCUCCCUCCUCUUCUAUAAUGCCCCUGCCCCCACUCUCCCUCACUCCUCACACAUCACCGCCCCCACUCACCCGACUGCUGUGCCUUCUGCUGCCUCUGCUGCUGGGUCGGCUGCUGUCUCCGCUGCUGCAUCGGCUGCUGCAUCGGCUGCUGCUGCUGCUGCUGCUGCUGCUGCUGCUCCAGUGAUUGCUACAGUAGCCACAGAGCCCCUUCCCCUUCCUUGUCCUCUCUCCCUCGCUCUCCCUCACACCACCGCCACCACCAACGGCGGUGAUGCCACCGGGGGAUUGGCUGGAGAAUCCUCACCGUCAAUUCCGCAGCCCAAGCGGCUGAGAAGCAGCAGCUUUGCAAGGAACCGCCUGCCGACUAUCCCCAGUAUAGGCAGCAUCAGUAGCAGCAUAAGUGGCAGCCUAAGUGGCAGUGGGAGGUCGCUGCUAGGGGGGAGUGGAAGAUCGGGCACAGGUGGGAGUGGAAGGGCCAUAGGAGGGAGUGGGAGGUCGCUUUUAGGAGGGAGCGGAAGGGCGAUAGGAGGAAGUGGGAGGUCGCUUAGCGGUGCUAGUGCUGGGUGCUUCUCUGGUAGCAGACAGGAUAGUGAUGAUGAUGGUGAUGGUGAUGGUGAUGAGGACGAAGAGGAGGAGUCGUCGCCGGAAGACAAGAGUGGAGAGAGUGAGGGGGAGGGAAGGGAGAAGGAAGAGGGGAGGUUGAGCGGUGACAGUGGCAGUAGUGCUGCUGGUCCGGAGAUUCGUGCGUCCGGAAAUCCGCCCACACUCGACGACUCGUCCACACAAGAAGCCUCUAGCAUACGUCAGGAGGCUAGCAUUUCAACCAGACCGGGAGGGGUUAAGGAGAGAGGAGCAGGUCCCAGUUUUUCUGAGCGAGGAGCGGAUUUGGCAAGUUCUGGAGAGACGGCGCUGCAGGCGGGUGCAACCAGUGGUAGAGGGGAUGCUAUCUAUGGCAGUAACGAGUCUGCUUUUGGAGGGGAUGAGCGUGGCUUGCUUGCUGCUCCGAAGCCCAUUGGUCGUGUCUCUGCUGACCUACUUGCUGCUGCAGCAGCACUAGAAGCUGCGGCCGAUGAUGACAACGAUGGUCGCUCUAAGGGUGGCAAUGAUGAUGAUGGCAAUGAUGGUGAUGGGAAUGAUGAUGAUGGGAAUGAUGGUGAUGGCAAUGAUGGUGAUGGCGACAGUGACUCUGACAAUGGUGGUGACAGCAGUGGUGCGGCAACUGGUACAGCAGAUUCGCAUCGCCUCUCCCCUUCCUCCUGCUGGCCGCACCUCCCCGCCGCCCCCUCCCUCUCUCGCUCCCUCACUCGCUCCUUCUCCCCCUCCUCCGCUCUCUUCUCUCGCUCCUCUCGCUCAUCCCGAAGGGACAGAGCAGCAGAGCAAGCAGCAGAGCAAGCAGCAGCCCCCUCUUCAUCACUCCCUCACCCAACCUCCGCAGCCGCCUCCACCCCUUUCCUAACCAGCCCCCCAGGCUCGGGCUCCGCUGCAUGCUUUCCAGGCCCAGCAGGCUUGGCAGGCGCGGAAGAGGCUUGGGAGGGCGUGAAGAGGAGGGUGGGGGGGUGGGAGGCGCGGCUGGACGUGCUGGUGCAGGUGGCGGGGGGGCUGGCGUACCUGCAUAGACAGGGGGCCGUGCAUGGGUCUCUGGGGCCGGCUAACAUCCUGCUGUGGGAGAAGCGUGCGGGGUUGAGACAUGAGGGCGUGAGGAGGGACGUGCUAGUGCCUGCUGCUGCUGCCACUGCGGCUGAUGCUGCAGGGGAUGGUGGCUUACAUGGCUUGGAUAAAGACUCGCUUUGGACUGUGGAGUGGGUGAGUGCAGGAGAAUCAGCAGCAGGAGCAGCGCCAGGAGCAGCAGCAGGAGGAUCAGCAGCAGGAGCAGCGCCAGGAGCAGCAGCAGGAGGAUCAGCAGCAGGUGGAGGCACAAGUUCAGCAGCCGCGGGGGCUUCUUGCAUCCCAGACACCCAAGGCAUUGCAGAGGCAGGCUCGUUGACGCUGCACGGGGCAGAACUCUCACCUUUCAUGACUGGAACAGCAGAGCGAGGCCUGCUCGUGCCAGGAAUGCCGGGGAGCGGUUCGCGGGUUCCAGGCGAGGCAAGUAGCUCUUCUCUCACGCCAGGAGCGGCAGAUGAGGCGCAGGGUUCGUCCAUCAUGCCAGGGGUGGACAUCAGUGCACUGCUAGCCGCGGCUCCCCUCGACGCAGACCCGCUCUCUCUCUUCACAGCAGCCACGGGGAUCCCAACCGACAGGCCCUGCAUGCUGCCCUUCAAGCCCAAUCCUUUUCACAGGGAUAGCGGCCUGAUGGCUGUGAUCGCGGAUUAUGGCUUGCCCACGGAUCUGAGGCUCAGGCAGCUGUUCCCUGCGAGGAAUGCGCGGGUGUAUGCGACUGGCGCUGGUUCGAUGUACCUGGACCCGUCGCUGAGUCACCUUGGCCCCUUCCAUCCGUCCAACGACGUCUUCUCCCUUGGAAAGCUCAUACAGCACCUGCUGCUGCCGCUCCCCCAGCCGCCCAACUCCCUUCCACCGCACUCCACCCCCACCAACCCCAGCGCGAUGGCCCCUCCUACCGCCUUCCACUCUGGUCCCUCCACCUCGCAGUUUCUCCCCUCCAUCUCCUCAUCACGCUUCAGAUCCAGGCGCAGCCAGCUGCGGGCGCCUGAGGGGUAUGUGUCCUCGCAACCAGGCUCAGAGGGGAUGGCGCAAGCACAAGAGAUUCAGGCGCAUGGGCAGGGGCAGGUGCAGGUGCGCCAGGGGCAGGGGCAUCUGGGGCAGGGCCCAUCUGAGGGCCCUGGGUCGAACUUCAUGUCGCAGUGGCGGUCACUUGCAGCUCCAUUUAUUGGCUCAGGCAGCAGAGGGGCCGGCGGCCACAGUGAUAGCGCUGCUGGUGCUGGUGCUACUGCUGCUGCUGGCGCUGGUAGUGGUGCUGCUGCUGCUGGUGGUGGUGAUAUUUUUGCUGGCAGUGGGGCUGUUGCUGCUGAGAAGUAUGGUGAGAGCAGUCAGAUGGACAGCAGCAGCCGGAGCAGCAGCAUGGUGCAUGGAGGGGCCAUCAGCCGCAGCAGCAGCAUCGGCAGGAGCGGGCGAAACAGCAGCAUCAGCAGGAGCAGCCGCAGUGGCAGCAUGCUAAGAGGCAGCGUCGUCAGCCGCAGCAGCAGCAUCAGCAGGAGCAGCAGAGGGGGGAGCAUGAUUCGCGGGUUUGACAGUCGAAACAGCAGCAUAAUGCGGGGGAUUGACAGUCUCAGCAGCAGCAUGAUCCGAGGGUUUGACAGCAGGAGCAGCAGCAUCAGCAGCAACACCACAGGGUUCAGUGUGAGCAGUGGGGUCAGUGUGUGGUCUCCCUGGCGUACCCCCAGGAGAACACCUGGCAGAACAGCUGGGGGAAUGCCUGGGAAGCUAGACAGGGGGUUGGAACAGCAGCAGCAGCAGCAGCAGCAGGAGCAGCAACAGCAGCAGGAGACGCAGCAGCUAUCCCAGCAGCAGCAGGAGCAGGAGCAACAGCAACAGCUGGAGCAGCAGCAGCAGGAGGGAAGGAUCAGGGGGACUCCAGCGGAAGCACCAGCAAGCGCUUGGGGCUUUGCUAGGGUGCUCAAUGUUCUGCCCUCACACAAACCCACCUCGACCACCAUCACUGCUGCCGCUGAAACUGCUGCCACUGGUGCUACUGCCCGCCCCACACCUUUCUUCUUUAGGAGUGAGAGCGAUCAUUCAGACGCCGAUGGAACUGUUUCAACCGCAAGUGAUCCCACAGAUGACACGAACCUCCUGACCCCAAGUGCCGAUGGGGUGUUAAACAGCAUACCCACAGCGGUGGCUGGAGGCACAGCAGGUCUGGAGAGGGAAGGAGAUCCUUCGGAAUUCCAGCUUGAGUGUGUGAAGAAUCUGGUUGUAUGGUGUACACAUGCGGAUCCAUCCUACCGGCCAACUUCCAUUGUAGUGGAGCAGGCACUAAGGAGUAUAGCGGAGGUGAGGAGCGUAGAGGAGAUCAGCCACAGGCAGGUGCUGCUGGCGAGACUGAGCAACCUCAUACCCCUAGUGCAUGUAGGGGUGGGUGAGAAAACUGAAGGCAGCCAGCAGCACAUGGAGUGGCUGCUCAGUGGCUAAAGCCUGAAGAAUAAAGGCCACACACACAGCGUCGGCCAAAUUUGUACCAUUCAAACAUGUCUUGGUAUUAUCCUGCGCAGAGGACAGCAGUUGAAGAAAGCUAUCAGGGGCGAUUCCCCAUUUUUCCCCGCAAUACCAUGAGUCCAUUUUGGAAGUGCAGUAGGAUGAGAGUGACACUUUUUAGGAAAGGUUGUCUGGAGAUGUAACCUGCAUUGCAAGUAACCUGAGAUUUCAGGAAAAUUCUCCUGAUUUUGCUGAUUUUCAUAGUGGCU